UGAAUGAAAUUGUUUACGCACCUGCGCACUCCACACACGCCAGCUAUGCUGCCACGACCAUUAGCCGGCAUCGGCAUGUGUCACGAAUCCAUUGCCUGCGCCUCAGCUGGCCGUUGGUGGAAAACUCCAAAAUAAUCGCAACACGCUUUUCCACACACAGUUUCGCGCUAUUGGCGCCAGUUGCCGCGGAGGCAUUCAUCAAUGCACUUCUUUCACGGUGACGAGCCGGAUACGCGCGUGCCAACAGUGAAUAUAAGCGUAAAAGCGAAACAUUGUGUCUCACACAAACAAAAUUAGUGUUAUAACGGUACUGAGUGUAUGAAAUAAAAACAUAAAAAAUUGCUGAAGCGCGUGUAAAUAAUUUACUAAAAAUUGCUAUGCGGAAUUUUCAAAUUUAAUUUUGCAAAUUUUUGAGUUAUUGCCAAAUUUUUGUGCGUGUGCAUGUAUGAACAUGUCGCUUCUAUAAAUACUAUUUACUUUCGGCACUUGAAAAAAUAAUUAAAAAUUUAAAAAUAAAAAUACAAAUAAAAAAUAUGAAAAUAAAACAAUUUAAGUGAAUAAAUCGCCAAGCCAUAUUUUUAGUGAACAUUACACAUAUGUACAUACAUACAUAUUUAAUUUUUGUUUGUUGAAUUGGCGGCAAGUAUGCUUUGUGUUAAAAUUGAUCAUAAGUUCUAUAAAUUCUUGUUCACAAAUAUAAAUUUCAUCAAGCUUGUAAAUCAUAAGUGAAUGCUUACAUAGUUACAAACAAACAUAUGGAAUAAUAAGCGGAAUUUAGUGUAAAGUUCAAGUGCGCUGUGUUAAUUGAUAUUUUAACCUCCACGGCAUGAACAGGACAACGACAGCAAAACAACGCAACAACAAAUUAAGUGAGGCAACGCCAAAACAACACAGCGAAGUGCUACUUGACGCCCAACGCCACAAAACACAGCUGGAGGCGGAAUAAAGCAAAAAGCGUAUAAACAAACAAAACAAAAAUAGAAAUUAAACCGCUAAAACAACAACAGCACAAUGCAAAAUUUACUAUUUUAUGGCGCUGCAAGUGCCGCCAUAGCAGUGGCCACUCUGACACACAGCGGCGUGGCGAGCUUAAGCCACGACUCGAACGUUAUAUGGAAUAACAACAAUAACAAUGAACUACAGCAGACGCUAAUGGCAGAAACAAAAACAACAUACAGCGCUGCCACCACAAAUAACACAUUGUCAUUGUGGGAAUUGACAACGCGCGCUACAACUGCGGCCACAGCGAUAGCGGGCAUUGGCAGCGGCAGCAGCUUGACGCGCAGCAGUUUGGUGGAUGAGGGUGGUGGAUAUGGCGACGGAAAUCGAGACCCUAGCAGCGUUGGUGGCGUCGUCGCAUAUGUUGACAGCUUAAUGCAAGCCUUAAGCACUAGCGCUAGCUUUAUGUAUAACAACAAUAAUAACAAUAGCAGCAGCAGCAACAACAGCAACAUGAGUAGCAGCGGCAACGUAACAGCGGUCAACGAAACGCCAUAUGUACCGUAUGUCAUGCGACCGGAAACGUAUAUUGUGCCCGUGCUAUUUGCGCUUAUCUUCGUUGUGGGCGUGCUGGGCAAUGGCACACUGAUUGUGGUCUUCCUCGGCGUGCGACAGAUGCGCAAUGUGCCGAAUACCUACAUAUUAUCGCUGGCGAUUGCCGAUCUGCUGCUCAUACUCACCACAGUGCCGUUAACAUCCACUGUCUACACGGUGGACUCGUGGCCAUGGGGCAGCUUCCUCUGCACAUUGUCGGAAUUUAUUAAAGACGUGUCGAUUGGCGUUUCCGUUUUCACACUUACUGCACUCUCCGGAGACCGGUACUUUGCCAUAGUGGACCCAUUAAGAAAAUUCCAUGCGCACGGCGGCGGCAAACGUGCCACACGCAUGACCAUCGCUAUUGCCGUGUCCAUUUGGCUGUUGGCGAUACUCUGCGCCAUGCCCGCGCUCAUCGGCACCAAUGUGAAGCAACUGGAAAUCAAUAGCAACAAAUCAUUCGCACUUUGCUACCCCUUUCCGCAGGAGUGGGGUGCUGAGUACGCCAAAACGAUGGUCUUAAUGCGCUUUUUAGUCUACUACGCCAUUCCAUUGUGUAUAAUCGGCGCCUUUUACGUGUUGAUUGCGCGGCAUUUGAUGUACGCGGCCAGCGUGCCGGGUGAAAUGCAAGGCGCCAUGCGACAGGUGCGUGCUCGUCGAAAGGUAGCCGUAACGGUACUAGCAUUUGUGGUCAUAUUCGGAAUUUGCUUUAUGCCCUAUCAUAUCUUCAUGCUUUGGUUCUAUUACUGGCCGACCGCACAGGAUGACUACAACUCCUUCUGGCAUGUUUUACGCAUCGUCGGCUUCUGCUUAUCCUUUGCCAACAGCUGCGCCAAUCCGGUGGCUUUGUAUUUUGUUAGCGGCGCCUUUCGCAAACAUUUCAAUAGAUACUUGUUUUGUCAAGGGUCUGGCGUGCGCCUCAAAAAACGACACCCACACAACGAUACGCUCUGCAUGCAUCGGGACGCAUCGCUCACUAGCACCGCAUCGAAGCGCUACUAUUCAUCGACGCGACGCUCUACAUGCCAUCAUCACAGCACCGUACGAAGUAUGUAUGUGUCUCGUAGUCGCUUGCAAGAGACCACCAUCACUAUUAUGGCGAAUGGCAGUCAAAAUGGUGGACCGCUCACUGAUGUCUCCGAUGUUGCUUUGGCCAGUGAAUUUUGCGAUCACUACCAACAUCAACAACAACCCUUAACACAGUCCUCACAACAGCAGCAACAAUACCAACGUCAGUUGUCAUUUAUGUGAGGUAGUCAGUGUGAGGGUGGCUACCAGUCGCCGAAAGCAGCAACUACUACAACAGCGUUCAUUCCUAUGCAUAUAGAUGAAGAAUUUGCAACAGCAAGCACAACCACAAGAACAGCACCCGCAACAGCAAUAUUAACAAAAACAAGUGCUGCAACGCUGACAAGGUCAACGCGGACGGAAAGUUCGAGUAUCGAGAUGCGCGAUUUAACUGCGUUGAAAGAGAAUUUCCAGAAAAAAGCAAAAAAUGCAAAUCAACAACCAGAACAGCAGCAACAAGCGGCGACACAGCACAAUGAGAAACGGCACAUACACUUUCACAUGGUUGGCUGUGCACAAAUUUGAAUGGCCGGUACAACAACAAGUAUAAGUAAAAUGAAAUUAGCGUUUGCAGCGUUAAAAAGUGAGGAAACGAAUUUAAAAACGGAAAAAUGCAGGCAACAGGUUUUAAAUUUGAUUUUGUGCAAAUUGUAUAUAGUUCAAUAUAUAUUGUAUAUAAAUGUAUAUGUACAGUUAUGUGAAAAUCGUGUAUUUCUUGGCAACAACGAUCAAAUUAAAUAUAGCUUAAAAUUAGCGCCUAAAGGAUUUUUAAUAAAAUUAAUUGACUUUGUGGUAUACUAUUAUUAUAUAAGUACUGUACUUCUAACAAUUAUAUAAGUGCUUGAUAUAAGAAAAUUUUAAUUUUGUAGCGCACUUAAUUUCCUGCAAAUAUAAGAGAAGAGAUUUUUUUUAAAGCAGAUACUGAAUUUUGAAUUUUUAUUUGCAAUAUUGAAGAAUAGAUAUAAAACAAAAAAUCGGAGCAGUUUCAUGCGUGGCUUGCCUUUUGUAUUACGGUAUUAGAGACCAAAAACAAAUAUUAAUCUUCGAAAAUCAUUCUUUUUAUUUUCAAUUAAAUUUUUUUAUGUUUUUAGCAUUUUUCCAAAAAAUUCUCCAUUUAGAUGAACCAAUUCUCGAAGCACUUUUGUCACUCUGAUUGCAUUAUCUCCAAAAUAUGGCAUUUAAACUCAUCAACCGCCUCUUCAGGUGUCGAAAAACGAUGAUUUCCUAGUUUAUUUUUCGUACGGUAGUAAAAAGAUGCUAUUCGGUGCCAAGUCCAGGACUGUAUGGUAGAUGACUCAUCAAAUCGAUGCUUUAAGUCUUCAACUAUGCAAUUGUUUUAGUCGAAAUGUGAAAGCUAGCAUUGUCGUGGUGAAGAGGGAUCCUUCUUCGGCGAUUGAUUUUCGUCAUUUCUGGAAAAACAACUGCUAAGCAAAUGGCUGUGUACUACUCGGAAUUUACUAUUCUGCUUUGUCCUAGUAAUAUGGUUGCGACAUGUUCACUUCUUCAAAAAAAAAAAAACAAAACAGGCAACCAUUUGCUUGGAAGUCCUUCAUGUGUGAACAACUUUUGUUAAAUUCGGCUAAUUAGGAAACAACCAUACAGUCAUCUGAUGUUUACUCUCGGGCUCAUACUCGUGAAUACAUUAUUCAUCACCUAACACGAUAUCAAAGCACCGGGAUCAUAUUUUUCUCUCCAUUUCUCUCCUUAUGAAUAGACAGGAGUCUAUUUUUUUGCGAUUAAUAAAUUGUGUGGAAUCCAAAGUGAACAAUUUUUUUGACAAUAUUAAGUACAAGUAUAUGCUGGACCCACUAAUGUCUAUAGUAGUCUCAAAAUCACGAUAGACCACUUGACGAUCUUACAAUUUAAGUUUGCGCCCAGCAUCAAUAAUUUCCCAAAGAACAACUAAUUUUGGGCGAGCUUUACGAAAUUUGUCCGGGAGUGAUCUACGAUCACACAAUCGAUAAACAUCGUUCCUAGAUGCAGCUUCAUCGCCAAAAAUGUAAUUAACAACACAUAGAAAGUUUUAAAAAAUCAUCACAAGAAAACACAUUCGAUUUAAUUCCAUUCUUUAGUCGAGGCGAAUAUUGUAAGUUACUGUAAACAACGCAAAUAGCGCUAGUAAGUAAAAAUGUGCUGAAUAUAUAUAACACCAAAAAUGUCAAAUUUUACGUUGAAGUUAUGUAUUAUGGAAACACUAUUGUCGCCAAAUGCCGAAAUAUGAAAGGCAAUCCCUUUAACGCCUCUACCAAAAAAUUUUUUCAGAGUAGAAAGUGAAAAAAAUAAUCGAUUAUUUUAAACUAAAAACCUAAAGUAUAUACAUUUUAUGCGAUAUAUAUUGUAUAUACAAUACAUUUGAAUAGCAAAUAAGUAUAUUUUUACAUAUAUAAGAGUAUUUACAUAUUUAUGUAUUUACUCUCAACGAAUUUUUAACUUUCUAGCACAGCCUAAGUAUUUAUGAUUUCAUACACAAAAAAUAUAUGUACUUGUAUAUAUUUAUAUAUGGAUUAACUGUAUAUAAAGUAAGGUAAGAUUAAAUUUUUGUUGUAUUUUACGCAUAAAUAAGUAUUUAUAGUACUAUGUACAAAUAUAUGUUCCAACUCUAUAUAGUAUACACAUAUAAGAAUUACUGUAUUUUUGUAAAUGUCUGUAUGCAGUAUAUUAUUUUGAUUGUUGUAGCUUCGCUAGUCAUAGUUUUUAAACUUUUAAAGAAGAAAUGUCAUAUGUAGUAAAAUUAAUUACAUAAAAUGUUAUUGAAAUACUUAGACUACAAAAGCAUAUAAUAAAAUUUGGUUAAAAAAUUAUAAUUGUUUAGUUAGACAGUGGAACGUCGAUAAAACAAACCAUUCACAAGCAAAAAAAUAAAAUUAAAUAAAAAAAAAAAAUUAAUUAUAUUAUUAUUCAGUAAAUACGAGCAGUAACAAAUAAAUAUUGCCAAAAAUUAUAAAAAAAAAUUAUUUAAAGUUUAGUUUUAUCGAAGUUUCACUGUGUUAGUAGGUAAGAGCAACUGCUUUAUUAUCACUGUGCUGGCACCAUCGUUAAAACAUUUAUAUAUGUGUAAAUUAAAUGUGUAAAAUAUAAACAAUCAGUUGAAAUUGAAAUAAAAAAAAUAUUU